AUGAAGCUUCAGGUACUCGCGAUCCUUCUCGCUGAAGCCGCACUCUGUUUCGCCAGUCCUCUGGCAGGACACAGUCUCCGUGGCCGUCAAGAUCUGCCCUCAGAAUUCGAUUCAGAUCCAUCAUCUGGCUUUGAUGACCCUACCAUCGAUAUCGCUGAUCCAUCCUUCGCCACCGCAGUCCAAGCUGGAUAUCAAGGGCCCUUCGCUUCAUACGAGAAGCAUGAACUUAUUGGACCUGUGGAUCUUCUUCGAAACGGCCACGUGAACUAUGGAGUCAACCCAAACUUCACGAUGCCAUUAUACAAGGGUCUAUCAGCGGCGAACACGACUUACUGGUGGAUCGUCACAGAUACAUCGGACGAAGGCAACGGAAAACAACUCGGCCUCAAUUUUGCCCCCAAACUCCGAUUUGCAGCUCAAGGACUAACCAGUGGAGGAAUAAAAGCUGCUGAACAGCUCGAAAUUGUCAACAACACAGUCUGUGGACGACAAGGAAUGGUCGAGUUCUCGCCAGUGAGAUCAAUCGUACCUGGCGAUUCGUCUCCAUUUCCACCCAAGUUUGUACAACCUGGAAGCGUUGGUGACAGUAACUAUACACCGCUCAUCCAGAUUACAAAUGCGGGUUACGAAGUUUGGAAUGCACCGAUCAUUGCGGGAGAUGUGGAUGAGGACUAUCUGAAUCAAUUCUGCGACGGCAUCCCUGCCGAUCGUCUCACGGAAUUUCGCAGCAAAGUUCACGAUCAGGUCCUCUCAAUCUGCCCGCGUGAUGAAGUUGUGACGCUUGCUACCAUCCGCGGGUUUUCAUUCUCCAAAUCCGUGCUGUAUUUGAUUGCAGAUGGAUCGGAUCCGUUACCUGCCACCUUGGACGGCGGGACCUAUGCUCCUCGUCUUGCUGCGGUCAAAACCGGCGAUGACGAUGCCCUGUUCAGCGGUAUUGAGCGGUUCUUUGUGAACACGAACGGGUACGCCAACCGGGAUUUGCCGCCAGGUGCACCCAACAACGAGACACAUCAUCGAUGGCGACAGGGUUUGAGUAGUGCUAUCCUUGGGGAUGGUAACCCAUUGAAUAUCCUUGGAGCUAUUCCGUCAGUAGCUUACGAUUAUUCGCCUCUAUGGGACUUCAACCUGUUUGCAUGGACGAAUUAUAGCAUUGAAAAUGGUAUUCGGACACGAUUGACGGGUGAGUUUGAGGUGCUGGGUAUGGCAGCUGCUGGCUAUGUGACGAACCCUCGUUCACCGACACAGCUUUCUGACUUUGACAGGAUGGGACACCGUUGA